AUAACAUACAUGAAAAUGUUAAAUUUCCACCAUAACCUGGUGCCGUCUUCGAGAAAUUUCUACGAAUAUAAACCCAAACGCUAUUGUGUAGAAAUUGUUUUGUUUAUAAACCUCUGGUGCGAUCUAUUCAAAGUACUGAUUACUGGACAGUGUGAUAGACAAGACCUACAAAUAUAUGACCAUACAAUGAUUCCAUCGUUUGGAAGAUUGUUUUGCUUCAUGCUGUCAUUUACUGUAAUUGAAUCCCAUGUCGUUGGUGACAAAGCAUAUUUAACCGAGCUGAAAAAGCUCUGUGAGCACGCAUACAUAUGUUUUCAUGACAAUAUAAUAAUAUGUGGCAAAUCUGUGAAUGAAGCGAGGACUUUUUUAGAUCUUUGCGAUCUAUACGAAUACUCCUGCGAAUACAAUAUGGUUUUCAGACAUGUAAAGGAAGAAGAAGGCGUUUGUCCGAACCCAAAGGAGCUGAAAAAUAACGUCGGAUAAAGAAAACUGUUUAUAAAAAAUACAUUUUAUUUUACUAAAUAUUAUAUCAGAUGAACGAGAUGUACAUUUGUUAUCUUCAAAUUUAUUUUAAUCAUAAAUAGAUGUAUGUGUGUGGACUUUGAAUAAAUAGAUUUAUAUUAUAUAUGGAAAUAAAAUAAAAUAUUU